GUCCCUCCCGCAGAGGUGGCUCUGAGAUCCACAGCGGGCCCGGCACCAUAUAUAGCGCCCGGCGCCCGGCUUAUCCCCUAAUCCUGGCCGGGGUUAAUCCGCGGUGGGUUUGCGUCAGCCGGGACAGGUGAGCCGCCGUCCCCCCGCCAUGUCGCGCCGCAGCCAGCGCCUCGUCACCUCGCGCCUCUACGCAGAGGAUGAGGACGGCAGCAGCUCCCUGCUGGGCGGCCCGCAGCUGCCCUUCAAGGAGAGCACCGCCAGGACGGCGGCGAGGAGGAAAUCAAGCGGCACCAAGCGGCCGUCGCCCGGCCCCAGCACUCAGACGUCCUACUACAGCGAGUCUUUGGUGAGCGAGUCCUACCUGGGGGGCAGCCGGGGGCUGGCCGCGCUGGAUGACGCCCUGGAUGGCGGCACUUACUGGGGCAGGGAGCUCUCCAGCAGGAGGAGAAGGGAUACAGGGGACACGGAGUCCAGCAAAGUCAACGGGCUGCUGGAGAGCCGAACUUACGAUACGUACGCCUCCUCCUCCGGGUACUCCUCGGAAGACGACUAUGCAGGUCAGCUCUACUCUGCCCACAGCAGCUCGGGGUCAGGGCUGAGGACCGCCGCCUCCAGGGUUGGCUCCUUCCUCUGGCAGGUGUUCACUGCACCAGCCCGAUUUGUGGGAUGGCUCCUGUCCUGUAUAGCCACCGCCUGGCACCACGUCACUGGAAGGUCUCCCCAGCUACAGCGUGUCCCCCUGUCCAGGCGCUACCCACGGCUGAAGAAGUCCCUGUGGUGGCUGCUGCUCCUCCUGCUCCUUGCUGCAGUCACCUACGGAGCAUGGUACCUGUACCCAUACGGCCUGUCGGCACACAGCUUCCCCGUCUUCUCAUGGUGGGGAGUGGGACGCCUCUCCUCCUCCGACAUGCCCGGGGUGCGGGACAUGACUGCACUGGACCAGGGACUGCGGGGAAAGCAGCAGCUCCUGGCCCGCUUCCAGGCCCUGGAGAAGCGUUUUGAGGCACUGGAGGCUGCGGUGUCACGCUGGGAGCUGGGGGUGGCCGGGGGUGAGCCCCCACCGACGGGAGACGUGCUGGGCCUGCUGGAUGGGCUGCUGGGCCGCCGCCAGGCAGGCAUGGAGGAGCGGCUGCGCAGCGACGUGACCGGGCACCUCCAGGGUGAGCUGGACGCCCUGCGGACUCAGCUGCAGGCCGACAUGGACAAACGGCUGGGGAAGAUGGCGCAGGCCUCGCAGGAGAUGGAGGCCCGGCUGCAGGAGCUGAGCAGGGAAUGGCAGAGGUCGGUGCAGGAGGAGCUGCAGGGCAGCUGGCAGCGGGCGACGGGUGAGCUGCAGCAGGAGGUGUCAGCACUGAGGAGGGAGCUGGCAGGGCUGCGCUCAGACCAGGAGGCCAUGGGCAAGCACCUGGAGGCUGUGCUGGAGCAGAUCAAGGCAACACGAGCAGAUGUGGAAGCGCAGAUGCCAGCAUGGAUCAGCCGUUUCCUGGCACAGCCCCGGCAGGACACCGGCACGGCUGGACUGCUCCUCCAGCGGGAGGACUUACAGGCGGAGCUGCGUGCCCUGGAGCUCCGGAUCCUUGCCCAAAUGCGGGAGGAGCGUGGGCUGGCAGCACGGGACAGCAUUGGUGUGGCCCUGCGGCAGGGGGGAGCUGGAGGGGUGACAGAAGAGCAAGUGCACCUCAUCGUGGACCAAGCAUUGAAACGCUACAGUGAGGACCGGGUAGGGAUGGUCGACUACGCCCUGGAGUCAGCAGGGGCCAGCGUCAUCAACACCCGCUGCUCUGAAACCUAUGAGACAAAGACAGCACUGCUGAGCCUGUUCGGGAUCCCUCUGUGGUACCACUCGCAGUCUCCACGUGUCAUCCUGCAGCCAGACGUCAACCCCGGGAACUGCUGGGCCUUCCGUGGCUCCCAGGGCUUUGCUGUCAUCCGCCUGUCCAGCCUCAUCCGCCCCACAGCUGUGACACUGGAACACGUCCCCAAAGCACUGUCACCCCAGGGAACUAUCCCCAGUGCCCCGAAGGACUUCACCGUCUACGGCCUGAAAGAGGAGCGAGAGGAGGAGGGCCUUCUCCUGGGGCGCUUCACCUACAACCAGGAUGGUGACCCCAUCCAAACAUUCUACAUCAAGGGUGACGACGUGGGCGCCUUCCAGCUGGUGGAGCUGCGCGUGCUGAGCAACUGGGGCCACCCCGAGUACACCUGCAUCUACCGCUUCCGCGUGCACGGGGAGCCGGCGCUCUGACCCCCCCACAGCCAGAUGGGCUAUCCUGGGAUGUGGGAGGCUGCACUGCCCUUCGCCUGCGCUGCUGCUUGCGGAGGAGAGGACUUUUUGCCUGCAGGGGGGUGAGGCGAGGCCAUCCCGCGCGGGUGGCUCUCGGUGCGUUUCGGACACUUCUGCCUUCUGAAGCUCAUUUCUUCUCUUGGGGCUGCGCCGUCCCCUUUCCGGUGGCACAUAUAACCUUCCCACAGCUGGGAUGGAGGGAACUCCGUGAUGCACUGGGGCAGCGUGGUGCUCCCCUCCGUGUUUCUCAAGAUCUUAAGGACCUCAAACCCUUCGAUGCUGGGCAGGCAGAGGGGACGUAAGGCAGUAUUAAAUCGAGUAUUGUAAAAGUAAAGGUUUGGGGGCAGCAGGAGGGGAGAAACGUGGCAGGUGGGGGCUGCAAAGCCACUCCUGGGCUGGGGUCCGUGCACUUGGCCCAGCAGCUGUGUUAGGUCCCAGUGAUGCUCGGGUUCCCCAUGCCUGGGGCCGCCCGUCCUGCUCGCUAAGCUUGAGGAUGCUACCUUCAAACCUCGCCUGCUUCCCUGUUUGGGUUUGCUCUGUUGGUUGGUUGGUUUUAUUUUUUUUAAGGGGUGGGACUGUUUUCCAAUUGGGGGGUCGGGGGAUUUAAUUUUUUUUUUGUAUUAACAACGGAAAUACUUUUUCCAUGCAAUUUCUACUUCCGUGGAGGUGGGGCUGUGACGUGAUACCACUGGAGCGAGCGGCUUCGCCUGGCGGUGGGGCUUAGAGCUUCGCUUGGCACAAGGAUGCGCACACUGUAGGAUAAGCUGCCGUAAGAGGAGCAGAGCUGGGCUGGGGGACAGGGCCCCGCACCCGGUGCCAGCAGGACAUCCUCCGAGCUCACUUUCCCAUUGGCACACGUGUAUAGAGGCAGCUGCUGCUGGGAGCUGUUGUCCUGGGUACCGUUUCUCCCAUCUGGUUUGUGGGGUGGGCCGUGGGGGGAGCAGGCUCGCUGAGCCCCACAGACCCCCCCCUCCCCCAGCCUCAGUUUACAGCUCAGCUUACGCUCUGGGGUAGUGUUUCUAACCACCACGUUUGUCUUGCGUUUAGUUGGCAAAUAAUAAUAUAAGCUGCAGGGCUUGCGUGUCGUGUUUGUGCCCUGUAGGAUGCUGGCUUCAUCCUCCCAGGCGCUGAGCACUGAUCCCUGCUCUGGGAGAGGGUGAGGGGCAGAGAGAGAAGGGCACAGAGCUGUCAGCCCCGGGGGAUCGGGGCGAUGCUGUCCCCAUCUCCAAUCACUUAAAAUGGCUGUUUGGGACUGGGAGGCCCCGCUGCUGGGGGAAAGCAGCCCCGCAGCCAGGGUACGGCGGAGAGAAAUAGAUUUGCUCCUAUAUUGAGCAUAGAGCUUCAACUUUUGGCAUCCGCAGCCUGAGUUAUUUUAAGCUUGGUUGCAGCUGCCUGCGAGCGGUGACGCUGCUGAGCACCCAGACCUGUCCUGUGUUUAUUUGAACGAGGAACAGAGUGGAGAUGCAGCUCUCCUCUGCAUUAGGGCUGUCCAUCUGCUGGAGGAAAUGCCAUAACCACGGGGCUGGAGAUCUGCUCUUUACUCCGCUCCCCUCUCUCUCUGUUUGCCCCAUGGCAGUGUUAGAGACCCGCCCUGCGCCAAUGGACUGUUACAGGCAGGAGAUGUACUUAAUGCUGUAGCCUGCUGCCAAUGCUGCACUGUUUUGUUCAUUGUAUUUUUUAAUCAACAGAUUGUAAUUUAUGCCUAUGCAAAGAAAGAAGAAAGACCAAGACAAAUAAAUUAUAUCAAAACUA